AUGACUGCUGAAGGUGGGGAAGAAUCGCGGCACAACCGGACGCGCAGAGAGUUGGUAUGCCAUGCCGGCGCUGGCGCCGCCGCGGGUGCUAUUGCAGCCACGUUUGUGUGCCCAUUGGAUGUGAUCAAGACAAGGUUGCAGGUCCAUGGCCUGCCUGUUGCAGCACAUUCUAGUGGCCGAGGUAGUGCUAUUGUCACAAUCUUACAGAGCAUAGUCAAGACUGAAGGUGUUAGGGGGCUAUAUCGUGGACUCUCCCCCACAAUAUUGGCGAUACUUCCUAAUUGGGCUGUCUAUUUCACAGUAUAUGAAAAACUAAAAGGCUUGUUUCUUACAAAUGGGGAUGAGAGUGGUCAAUUAACAGUUGGUCGAAACAUGAUUGUUGCUGCCGGGGCUGGUGCUGCCACAGCCAUCACAACAAAUCCACUGUGGGUUGUCAAAACUAGGCUCCAAACACAGGGAAUGAGAACUGGUAUAGUUCCAUACACGAGCAUAUUUUCAGCUUUAAAAAGAAUAACUUGCGAGGAAGGUCUGCGUGGGCUGUAUAGUGGUAUUCUGCCUUCUUUGGCUGGGAUAAGUCACGUUGCAAUUCAGUUUCCUGCAUAUGAAAAGAUCAAGUCUUAUAUGGCAGCACGGGAUAAUACAACUAUCGACGAGUUAAGCCCUGGGGAUGUAGCAGUUGCCUCCUCGAUAGCCAAAGUUGGAGCUUCUGUAACAACUUACCCCCAUGAGGUUAUACGCUCAAGGCUUCAAGAGCAAGGGCAGGUCCGAGGUUCCGAGGCUAGGUAUGCUGGGGUUGUUGAUUGCGUCAGGAAGGUGUUCCUAAAGGAAGGCCUCCCGGGAUUUUACCGUGGUUGUGCUACCAACUUAUUGAGGACAACCCCUUCAGCUGUCAUUACAUUUACCAGCUACGAGAUGAUACAUAGGUUAUUGGAGGGACUUAUACCCCCCGAGAAGAGGCACUCGAAGCCUCACCGCGAAAACAACAGAGGAAAUGGCGGCGGAAUAGAUGAUGACGACAAGGCGGUAUUGAACCAGGCGCAACAAGCGCAUAAGAGAGCUUCUUCCAUACACCUAUGA